UCAAAGAAUCUGUGAAAAUUAUUCGAAAAUUUUUAAUCCUAUUAAUUUAUAAAUCCGAUCACUUUAUUUAUUGUUCCACAUGUUCAUUAUUCGUCUAAAAGUACCAAACGAAAUAUUAAGAAUCAUCCACAUAUUACUAUAAAACCAAAGUAUUCAGUUGUUCUGACUACAAUCAAUAAUCAAAGCAACAUGUGAUUUCUAUCACAUGUUAUCGAUCAUGAAGAAAAAGUUUCAUUCAGUCUUGCGCUUGCGUUGAAUCAUUCUUUUCAAAGUUGUUCUCUAACAUAUUGACGACUUCAGUUAGUGUUAUACAUCGCAAGUGUCAACAUGCGAUCUACAAGUAAUAUCGACGAUCUUCCACUGAAUGAUCGUUAUGAAAGCGAUAUACAUUAUACAUUUCAAUUCUGCCAUUGGAUUUUAAAACCAUUAGGCAUCCAUUAUUUUAUCUAUAACCAAGCGAACAAAUUCGAAAGAAUUUUAUCCGUGAUCCUAAUCCUGAUCUGCUUUUUCAUAAUACAAUUCGUCAUUGUACCGUUCGGUUACUAUAUUCUAUUUUAUGAGAAGGAUAUGAAUACAAAGAUCAAAUUUUUAGGACCGUUGACAUUUUGUUUAAGUGCGCUAUUCAAGUAUAGUUAUCUUGGCAUAAAGAGUUCAGAACUUGGUCAUUGCAUAAAACAUGUGGAAAAAGAUUGGAAAAUGUUGCAAAAUAAGGAUCAUCGUGUCAUCAUGUCACGAUAUGCAAUCAUGGGCAGAAAUCUAAUCACAUUAUGCGCAGCUUUCAUGUACACUGGUGGUUUGUCUUAUCACACCAUUAUGCCAUUGUUUUCGAAAAGAAAAGUUGAGAAUUUUACAAUUAGACCACUUACCUAUCCUGGUUAUGAGGCAUUUCUCAACAUUCAAAAAAGUCCCACGUAUGAAAUUAUAUAUUGUAUGCAUUGUAUUUAUGUUAUCGUCGUAGGUAACAUCACAAUGGCCGCAUAUAGUUUAACGGCAAUCUUCAUCACUCAUGCCUGCGGACAGAUUAAGAUACAAACGUUACGAUUGGAGAACUUAAAGAACGAAAAGAAAGUGCUAGAAACAGGUAUCGAGAGUCAUCUGGCGGUUGUUGUCAGGAAUCAUGUGCAAAUUUUAAGAUUUGCGAAAAACGUUGAAACGACAUUACGUGAAUUAUUUUUAGUAGAAGUGAUAGUGUCGACGUUAUUAAUGUGUUUGCUUGAAUAUUACUGUAUGGUGGAAUGGGAAAUCAGCGAUUCGGCUGCAAUAUUAACAUAUGUCGUUCUCUUAUUUUCUUUCACUUUCAACAUAUUAAUAUUUUGUUACGUAGGAGAACUUCUUCUUGGGCAGAUUAUUUAGUCAUUGGCAUAAUAGACAUGAAUGUGGUAGCAGGGUAGUGAAAUCGCGACCGCUUUGUAUGAAAUAGAAUGGUACAACUUACCUGGAAGAAAAGCUCGUGAUAUUAUUUUAUUGCUCGUUAUAUCGAAAUAUCCGCCCAAACUUACAGCUGGCAAAAUAUUUAUUCUAUCAAUGAAUACUUUUGGCGUUGUAAGUGAUCCAAAAUUUAAUCUGUAAAUAUCUAUUUAUAGAUUAUUUAUUAAAUUUGUAAAAUAUUUAUUUAUUAGAUUUGUAAAAUCUUGAACGAAUAACAACAUCUUUUAUUCAUAGGUCUUAAAAUCAUCGUUAGUUUAUUUGAACAUGUUGCGAACGAUCACUGAACUGUGAUUAACAUUCUCAAAAUAUGUUAAAAAUGAAAUAUUGUAUCUUGAUAUAAUUCAAUAUUCUGGAUCUAAUCUGAAAAUUGUUGAAACAAUUAUAAUUAUUUUAAUAUUAUUAAAUAUAAUAAAAUUAAUAUUAUAAAAUAAUAUUAUAAAUCUAUUAACAUAAAUACCGAUCUUAAGCAGAG